GCAUCGCUUUCACUAAUGUGCAUCCUAUACAGCUUCAGUCUGGUGCUGAAAACUUAAUUUACAAUGCCACAGGUCAAUUUUACAGAAUGCAAGAUUAAGUACACCACAAACACAACCCUGCAAGAUCUGUAUCACUGGAAUGGAAUGAUCAAAGGCAUCAACCAAAAUAAUGCCACCCAGAUCAGUCUUGAAGGGUGCAGAAAGCUUUGCGGGACUGGAAAUGACUAUUAUGAGUGGUCACUCGCGUCAAAUACCAUAACGACAUGGGUUUUGCCGGUGAUAGGCAUGCUUCUCCAAGCGCCUUUCGAAAGCAACGCAUUCUGGCAUACCGUAUUGGCAAUAGCGAGGUGGGUCGGCUCACCGAUGGCUUCCUUAUCCUACAUACUUUGGAACAUGAAGGUCUCGGGGAAGUGUGCGCUCAUGGUCGACAUGGCGAUCUCCUACGAUUUGCAAAUACCGGACCCAAAAAGCGAUUUUUCCAGCAUCCGCGACUCGUUCUAUAUCCUCAUGGCCAUGAACCAAUUUACUAUGCGAAGAAGCCAAGCUCUAAACAAGGAGGCUGAGGGUUUGCUUCGCAUAGUUUUGUUCAGCAAAGAUCUUCAACUGAAAGACAAAGGUCAAAGUGGGAAAUUUCUCAACGAAAGGCGACAAGAGCUUGCGCAAAAAUUUCGUGCAGGCCGAAAACGCGGUGUAGUACCGGUAUACGUUUCCACCAUGUGGUUCUUGUUCUCUUUAGCGCUAUCCAUCCAGACAGCCUUUGGAGAUAUCGGAGAGAACGCCACUGCUCAUGAUCUUGCCCUGGGCCUUCUCAUGGCUUGGUUGCCAGUCCUUAUCCUUUGCAGCAUCGUUGAUCGGAAUCCCGUGGCCGCAGACGAUAUCCGCCAGAAGUUGAACAAGCUCGUACAAAGUGUAUGCGACGCUUUGCAAGACGACAACAUCCGAAACGAGUUCAUUCAGACAUUCAGAGGGCACCAAGAAGCCGACCGGCUGGAAGCACUGGUGAACAACAUCCACCUCCAAAGCGAAAUUAUAAGCGGCGGUGACUUUUUCGUGGACUUCGCCGGCCAAGGACGGGUCCGUUGGCAUUAUGGAGCAGCUCAUCCAAUCCUUUACGACAUUGAGGAUAUCUGGAUAGCUACUCAUGGGCGCGGCUGGCUCGACGAAGACGAAAAAGAUGCAAGGAUGCAUCUUGUCCUCGGAAGUCCAGAGAAGGGGCUGUUAUGGUUUGACCUCCGGGGGCUUUGGCAGGUUGCCAGUGCAGUCCUCAUCGUCGGAGGCACAUGCCUUGGAGCCUUCGUCCUCUCAUACUUCACCCCGACUGUAGGCCUGGGUUGCCGAAGCGGCGGGUACAUGAUCUACUGCACCAUGGCUUUUUCCUUGCUUGUCGCCGAGUUUGUCGUAUGGUGGAUCACCUCUCCCGUUCCUCCCAAACAACCGCAAUGGGUGCGAAGGAGCAUCGGCAACAUUCAGCGCCAGCCUACCUUUGUACGCAUGGAGCACAGUUGGCGUGGUCUUUGGUUUUGGGUGCACUCACGUCUGGCCAGCUUCGGCCACGCGCUGGAGAGCUUGUCUAUUCGAUUGACGCUGCGUGUGCUCAUGAUUCUCCCUUUCCAGUUCUCUGCAAAGGAACGCCAUUUAAGGGACAAGCUGGACCAGGCCAAGGGCUGGAGCUUCCAGAAAUGGGCGGCCAUCGUGUUUUUCCACCCUUUAGAACUGUGUAAUACCGGUUGGCUGCUCUACACAGUCCUGGCGCAAACUUUUGGCAUUUUCAGGAACUGCAGAUGCAUGACGAGUUACUGGGGCGGCGGAGGCGGCUACCUGGACUUCAACCAGAGCGACGUCACAAACAAUAAAUGGGUCAAAUGGUACUGUAAGUCGAUCAAAGCAGCCUCCGAAGAUACUCAAGUUAACUCCUUCAGGGUCUGCCGGAACAGGAACAGGCGCCUCCACAAUGCUCCUAGGAAUGAUCUACGUAGUAUCCGAGGUGCGCUCCCCUUUCCUUCUCAUUCACCACCACACUAACACUGACUUCCCCCACAGUGGUGUCUCCAAAGCCACAUUAACACCGAGAACUACAGCGCCGCGGCGCGCGGCCUCCGCCGCAC